GUACAGAUACACCUCUGAUGGAACAUAUCUUUUUCCCCUAAUAGAUCUUGAGAACAGAGAAUGCAACAUGACCGUACCUGCUGAAAAGACCAGAGUGGAAAGCGUGGAACUCAUUUUACCCCCACAUGCCAACCAUCAGGGAAACACGUUUGGUGGGCAGAUCAUGGCGUGGAUGGAAAACGUGGCCACAAUAGCGGCAAGCCGAUUGUGCAAUGCCUAUCCCACCCUGAAGACCAUUGAAAUGUUCCAUUUCAGGGGACCAUCCCAAAUUGGGGACCGCCUUCUGUUCAAGGCCAUUGUUAACAAUGCAUUUAAGUACAGCAUGGAGGUUGGGGUGUGUGUCGAGGCCUAUCGACAUGAAAUGGAAGUCAGCCGAAGACAUAUAAAUAGUGCUUUCAUGAUUUUUGUGGUCCUCAAUGAAGAUGGUCAGCCACGUACACUUCCAAUGCUGAAGCCAGAACCAGGG